AUGGCACCAAAAAUCUUUCUAACAGGCGCAACCGGUUACCUUGGGGGAGAUAUUCUCUUCGCUUUGAAUAAGGCGCAUCCCGACUAUGAAAUUUCAGCACUGGUGAGGAACUCAGAAAAGGGAGCUCCAGUAGCAGCGGCUUUCCCAAAGACACGACUUGUAUAUGGGGGUCUUGACGAUUCUCAGCUGAUCGAGGACGAAGCUGCCAGAGCUGAUAUUGUAAUUCAUACUGCGGAUGCAUCUGACCAUAAAGGUGCUGCAGAAGCAAUCGCAAGAGGAAUUGCGAAAGGCCACUCGAAAGAGAACCCUGGUUUCUGGCUGCACAUUUCAGGCACAGGAAUCCUGACUUGGGAUGAUUCAAGAACGGAGACAUACGGAGAGCCUCCAUACACAAAACCUUACGAUGAUCUGGAAAGAGUGUCUGAUCUCACCAAUCUUCCUGAUGAUGCAUUCCACCGCGAUGUGGACAAGGUUGUCUUAGAAGCAGCAUCAGAUGUUGUCAAGACUGCUAUUAUCUGCCCUCCAACGAUUUAUGGAGAAGGAAGAGGACCAGGAAACAAGCGAAGCAGACAGGUUUAUGUUCUUGUCGAGAGUACUCUUAAGAACGGACAAGCUCCACAGCUUGGAAGAGGUCUUACUGAGUGGGACAACGUUAAUGUCCACGACCUAUCAGAUCUAUUUGUCCUUGCAACUGAAGCUGCAGUAAAAAACAAGUCUGAUGUGGAUGACAAGCUAUGGGGUAAAGAAGGAUAUUACCUUGCCGAGAACGGACAUCAUGUCUGGGGUGAGAUUUCCAAAUUGGUCGGAAAGACGGCAUUCGAAAAAGGUUAUAUCAAGGAGAAGGAAGCUAAGGCAAUGGACGUCGAAGAAGCCAAGAAAGUUGCCGGCUUUGAGGCGCUCUCCUGGGGUUUGAACUCAAAGGGUUUUGCUAAGAGAGCUAGGAAAUACUUGGGUUGGAGUCCAAAGGGAACAAGUCUCGAGGAGGAGAUUCCUAACAUUGUUGAGGGCGAAGCUAAGAGACUUGGUAUUAAAAAAGGACAUGCUGAAAUUGCGUCUGGCAAGGCAUGA